AUGGGCAAAAACGGGCAAAAAAUCAGCGAGAAAACGGGAAAAAUUCAUGGCCCCGCCCGGCCCCCGCCCGAGGAUCAUUUCAGCAUGAUGGUGUUCCGCAUCGGCAUCCCCGACCUGCACCAGACGGAUCAUUUCAGCAUGAUGGUGUUCCGCAUCGGCAUCCCCGACCUGCACCAGACGGAUCAUUUCAGCAUGAUGGUGUUCCGCAUCGGCAUCCCCGACCUGCACCAGACGGCAAAAACGGGGAAAAAAUCAGCAGGAAAACGGGGAAAAAUUCCUGGCCCCCCCCGGCCCCCGCCCGAGGAUCAUUUCAGCAUGAUGGUGUUCCGCAUCGGCAUCCCCGACCUGCACCAGACGAAGUGCCUGCGCUUCGACCCGGGCGCGGCCGUGUGGGCGGCCAAGCAGCAGCUGCUCUGCGCGCUGACCGAGGGGCUCCACGACGGCCUCAACUACGGCCUCUUCCAGCCGGCGGCCGCCGGCCGCGACGCCAAGUUCCUGGACGAGGAGCGCCCGCUGCGCGAUUACCCCCAGAGCUUCGACCAGGGCGUGCCCUACCUCGAGUUCCGGUACAAGACCCGGGUGUACAAACAAACGAACCUGGACGAGAAACAACUGGCCAAGCUGCACACCAAGACGGGGCUGCGGAAGUUUCUGGAUUACGUCCAGCACGGCUCGGCCGAGAAGGUGGCGCGGCUGCUGGAGCGGGGGCUGGACCCCAACUACCACGACUCCGACUCGGGGGAGACGCCGCUGACUCUGGCCGCCCAGCGCGAGGGCCCGGGCGAGGUUGAGAUCAUCCGCCUGCUCUGCCUGGGCGGGGCCCACCUGGACUUCCGGGCCCGCGACGGCGCCACAGCGCUGCACCGGGCGGUGUGCACGCGGAGAUACCCCGCCCUGCUG